GUUUGCGUGGAGGCAUUUUCCACUCUGUGACUAACUUUGGUGCUUUUGAAACAACAGGCUUUGGCUUUGCUUCUUUCUGCAACAUUGUGUACGACCAAAGCUAUUUGCUUCCAUUUAUCACAUUCAUAAUCUUUCAACGAUCUUCUUGUCUCAACAGCACAACGUACCCAUUAAACAAUUCAGAGCAACACACACUGUGUUGCUACUUGCUACCCUUCUCACUCUCAAACAAAGUCAAUGCAAUGCACCCACUGUGCUGCUCCCCCCAUUUGGAUCUGAGUCUCUUGCACCUCAUUCCCUUGGAUGAAGCUCCUCAAAACCUCGAAAGUAGCAUUUUUUUAAUGUUCUCAUGAGUUUUUCAUCUUGGUUUGGGAUUGGUGCUGCUGAAAAUGAUGAAAAGCUGAAAAGGAAAACAAGGUGGGACAUCAAACAAGCAUUAUUUUUGUCUGAUGUAGACAAAGUGUGAGAUCCAAGAGGACAAGACCAUAAUAUCCCUUUCAAGACUCAGUCAUGUAUAGACCAUUCAUGACAUGCGAUGAUCCAAAAGGAGUUGUUGAGUGUGGGGCUAUAAGGAAAUUCAGGACCAGUUCUCAUAAAAUGAAGGACAAGACAAAAUCACGGAAGACGGCUGAGACAUCAUUGGCAAACAAAACAGACAAAGAGAAGGUUUCAGAAGGGUCCAUAGAAAGGUCUUUUGAUCCAUCAUCCUUGCAGCUCAUGGAGGUGUCUAGAGGAGCUCAAAGGUUGAACAACAUGAUUGAUUCUUGGUCUAAGGGUCUGAGGUAUGAUGGAAGUUCUGAAGAUAUUGCAAAAGAUUUGUUGAAGGGAGCUCUUGAUCUUCAAGAAUCUCUAUUGAUGCUGCGAAAGGUGCAAGAAGCUUCACAACAUGUGGCUUAUAUGAAGAGAAAACAAAAGGAGAAAGCUGAAAGAGGCAGAAUUGAUGCAAAGGUGAUUGAUAGAACAGCACAUUGUAAUCAAUUUGGUGAACAAAGUUGUCCAAUGGGAUUUCAAAGACCAUGGACUUCAGCCGAUGGUUCUUCUAGUAGUUGCACUGAGGAACUUAAGAAAGUGAUUAAGGAGAGUCUGGUUGAGCAAAAUCUAUUGGCAACCACUGAAAGAUUGGAUUCAACUUCAGCAUUUCACUCUACAAACUCAAGCCAAUCUUCUGGUCUUUGGAAUGAUAGGCUUUCUGAUUCUUCAUUUUCACCAACAACUUCAAGGAAGGAAAGAGUACCCAAUUUGGUUGCAAAGUUGAUGGGCUUAGAAGAAGCCUCCUCAAGAUCAUUUCCAGCUGUUAUGCAGAAACAGUUGGAGAGUCAAAAAAUUCUGAAUCAGAAGAGGCCUAUAUUUGAGAUAGAUAUGCCCAAGGUGGGAAAAAACGUUGAGAAGGUUAAUCCAGAACAAAAGAAGACCCUGAAAGAAAUUCUUGAGACUACUCAUUUCAGUGGACUUCUGAAGAAGAAUUCAGUCAGAAAGCCUCAGUUUCAUGUUCAUCAUUCCAGUGAUCCUCAUUGCAAACAGUUCAAUGAUUUACCUCCUAUUGUGGUUAUGAAACCUCGAUGUGCUCCAUAUCAGGGAUUUGUGAAAAAUUAUGAGCCUGUUGUUCAUCCAGAAGAGUUAUCCCUUAGAAAUCUAAAAGCAAAAGCAGUUCCUUCCAAAACUAUCAAACACAGAGAAGGUUCAACCACCAACAUAGUGAAAGAAAAGGAAGAACAUGUAUCCAAAAGGCUUACCAAAGAGGAAAGAACUAAGCUCAUCAAGGAGGUUGUGGAGCUGGAGGCAAAAGAAAUCAAGCCUAUUGAAAAUGAGAAGGCUCCAGGAGCUAAGGUAAAACUGUAUAGUCAUAUCAGUCACAAAUCACAGGAAAAUGAAACUCUUGAUAAAAAAGCUAAGGUAAAGACCAUUACCAUUAGCAGAAAGGUGCCAGAGAAGGAGGUCUCAAAACCAAAAGUUGUGACAAAAUCUCAAGAGCAAGGAGAAAUCAGCUCUACAAGUACAAGGUUGAGGAAGCCACAAAGUGGGUCCAGAAUUGACAAGAAUGAGAAUCCCAGCAGGAAGAGCACUGCUUCAAAUUCAAACACCAUCUCAAAAUCAAAGAGUCAAAAAGUUAAUAAUUCCAAGGAACAUAGAAAGAAUCAGAUGAAGAAGCAAAGGUCUGUUGCUGAGCCUGAAGCAGCCAAACCAGUUUUAGGACAAGAAGAAGAAGCAAAGAGUGUUAAUGUUUCUAGCAAAGAUGAUUGCCCUGAGAUUAGAAUAAUCACUACAAUAACCGAUGAUCUCACCAUGAAGCAUGAAGAAGUAGAUUCAUCUGCAAAUAAGAUUAGAGAAAAUUGUGGUCAAAGCCAGAGUUCUUCAGGUGAUGAUACUUUGAUGCUAAAGUCUGAACAUGAAAAUGAUGCCACCCCUUCUGAAGAAGCUCAUGACAGCACCACCAAUAUCAGUGAAACCUUUUGCAAACCUGAGAAAGACAAUUCUGAGCUGAAAAAUUUGCUUCUAACAAGUCGAUCAUUUAUUGGCCACGCAGAGGGGCUCUUCAACCUUGAUGUGGAUUGUCCUAAGAUCCUACCAAGAAGUGAAACCAAGGAAAUAGCCAAUCUCAAACUCUAUUUGGAUUGUGCAAAUGAACUCACCGAGUGUAAAAGUCUUCAGAAGUCACAAGCAGUUCACCCUUUAUCACUAACUUGUCCAGGGAAAUCAAGUUUACACAUCUCUUUAGGUAGGUUGGUUGAUGAAGUCUAUAAUGCAAUUGACAAUUUGACAUCUUACAGUGAAAACACUGGGAACAAACUUGCUACAGAUAAUAAUAUCUAUGCAAUGAUGGGGAGAGAUAUAAAGAGCAACAAUGGACUUAUAAAUGGAAUAUGGAACUGGGGUUGGAGGCGUGGAUUUUCUGCUGAUGAAGCUGAGCAAGUUGUUAAUGAAGUAGAGAACUUAGUUUUAAGUGGAUUGAUUGAGGAGGUAAUUGUAAAUUUAUGAUUACAGAUUUUGAGACAAAUUGAUACACAGCCUUUCGACAUCAGCAUCUUCCCCUUGUAUAUAAAGAGCUGAAUGCAUAAUAUUGCUAUGAAAAGUGCUUGUUUAAGAAUAGCACUCAAACUUUUGGG